UUUGAAUGUAAUAAAAUAUUUUAUGUAAGGUUUUAAAGCAAUGUUAUUCAAAUAUUCAACAUAUUUCAUUUUUCCAAAUAAGAUUUUCUUAACUUCUACUUUUAUAUUUUUUUUACUUUUUCACUUUUGCUCCGUACAGAAAAUCAAAAAAUCUAAUGAGGUCGUCGACGGAGAAGAAUUUAUUGAGAAUAUUAUUGCAGGGGAAGAACCAACUGGAACACCAGAAUAUUUAGAGUUUACCGCACCAUUUAAAAUUUGUAAGGAUGGUUGUAAUGAAAGCAACUUCGUCAUGUCUUUUCCCAUGUAUGUUGGGAUCAAUAAAGCUGGAAAACAAUACAACAAGACCUAUCCUCGAGAUGUACAGUUGUUUAAGGGUGAUAAAAAUCCUCCAUUUAAGAAGUCAACAACCAGACAUCCGUUUACUCUAUGUCCCGAGAAUACUGAUUCUUCAGCCAAGAUUAUUCCCCAAACAAUGAAACCUGGCUGUGAAGACAAAGUUAGAAUUAAAAAUGUGAUGUUUAAAGAUAGCUUGGAGUUCAAACAAGACAAGAUAAUAUUUAUACUAGCUUUAUUGAACAACAAUAAUGUAGAAGGAUUUUUUUCUUGGGAGAAAUGGACGUUGUCUGUACCACAGAAACCAAUUGAAUACUUAUUUCGAAGACAGAAUAAUGAUUAUAUGAUUCUGAAAAAAACUCAAUUACAAUGCCAAUGUCCUAUAAAUAAAGAAUGCAAAUUGGAUUACAAAUUAAAUAAAAAUAUGAUAUAUUUUCAAAGUAUUCGUGGUAUUGUAAACUUUGAAACUGUAAAGCAACUCGAUGAGCAGAUAUACAAUAAUGAAAACAGUAAUGAUAAAAAAAUGAAGUUGAUUCGAAAAACGAGAGACGUAGAUUCGGGGGAGUCUGUCAUGGAAAAAGAGUGCUGUUGUCCUCCAAGGACUAUUAAAGUACCUACAUUUAUAUCAAAUGCUAGAUUUAAUGAUGUACUUGAUAGAUUACGUGUUAAUACUAAAAAUAAUAGUAAUAUAUAAUGUUUCCAUAUUGGUGACAUCAAUAAAUAAACAAAAUAAAUCUAUUUUGAUCUUCCUAUCUAUAAUAAGAUUAAUUUGUAUUUACAAUUAUGAAUAUUCAAAAAUAAAUAUUUUGCCUAAAUAAAUAAAU